CGGGCCAUGAGUUGUAGCUCCCGAUAAUUUUUUCAUGGGGAGCUAAAUAAAGCUCAACUCGAGGUGCACGCCACGCUCCGUCUGAACAUUCCCAACACGCAAAGUAGCGACAUGGAUCAAAAGACCCCAACAAUGUCAGCCAACGCCGAAGCGGUGACGCGCAACCUCCUCUCCCGCGGCCACUCGCCACCCUCGGUCGACCGCCUGUACGCCGAAAAGAUCCAGCACCGCCCGCUCCGCCUGCGCGCCAACUCCCCACCCCCGGCCACCACCGCCCGCGAGGCCCGCCGCGCCGCGCGCCAGCAAAAGACCAAGGACCGCGCCAAGCAGCUCAGGCCGAAGCCGCUGUCGGCCCGGGAGAGGCGGCGGCUGGGGCUGUACCGGGCGCCGGCCACGGGCGAGGCGCGCAGGUACGAGACGUUUGCGCCGCUGCACGCGCUGUGGCUCGGCUACAUCAGGGAGGUGCUGGGAGCUGGGGAUCUGCGCGGCGGGGGCGUCAACGCCGCGGCCAAGCUGACCAGUGCGGACUUUCACGGGGCCGAGGUCGAGGUCGUGCGCAGCUCGUGUCCCGGCCGCGUGGGCAUCAAGGGGAUCGUGGUCAAGGAUUCCAGGUUCGUGUUUGAGAUCAUCACGCGCAAGAACGUGCUCAAGAUGGUGCCCAAGGAGGGUACGAUAUUCCGGGUAGAGGUGCCUCUCGCGGAUGCGGAUGGUAGGAGUGGCAAGGAGGACGGGUCGGACAAGCCAGGUCGGGACACUGCAAAUCUGCCAGCGGGUACGAAUGAUGGCAAAUUCGUCUUUGAUAUCCACGGCGAGCAGUUUCAGCUUCGGUCCAUUGACAGGGCGAACAAGAAGUUCAAGGCACAUUUCUUGCCGAAUCUCUGAGUGGGCCGUCUGUCCUUGUCCAUUCUGGACAUCUCAACACACGCCCAGGUCGGAGGAGGCUCCAUUCGCCUCAAUUGGGCGCACUACUUUAUGCAUUUUAUGCAUAAACUCCCAGAUGAGUAGCUGUUGUUAGGUUCUUCGUGCGGCCUCUGCAUUAAAACGAGCAACCAGCGAUGGCUCGAAGCGGCACAACAGUACGCACACACCAAAGGUCCAUCACAAGCUAAGGUUAGCCUUUUGUCAUCAAAAGUUUUCAUCAAGACUUGAGGGCAAAGGAACAUUGUCUCGAAAUUCCAAGCACUUCCUGCACUGAAUCACAAAUAUGGAGGCUCACCUGUAAUCUCCCAGAGGUAUACUUGUGACAAAACACCUUAGUAUGUGAAAGGGGAGAUUGUACUUGUUAUCAAUAUAAACUAUCUACAUAUUUCUGUACUGUCAUACCUGGCGUGAAAGCUUCUUGGAGGGGCCUCUAUGCGUCUCGAGACUGAUAAAGUUUAUUCUGGAUCACUCCGGAUCCUCCUUGUUAGGCGCUCCUCCUCUUCAUCUUCCCUAAAUAGGUUCCUGAAACGGGCGGGCACAUCUUUGCGGCCGAGCCUUAGCUCCACCAGCUUCAGCCCCGGGCCGAUGUUGAACCUGCCAUCCAUAAACAGCCGAUCAAGGUCAUCCCAGGUCCGCACCAGAUGGGUCUGAGUGUUGUAUCCAUGCAUUGCCCUGGCGUGCUCCGCUCCAAACGCGCUCGGCAGCUCCAGGUACUUCCACGGCGCA